AUGCCCCCGAAAAACUCCCGCGCUAAGGCUGUGGUUGAUGCUCCCGCGGUUGACCCUGCAAGCAAGACAACACCAAGCAAGGGGAAGGAAGUAAUUGACAAUCUCCCGUCAGAAGCGGAAGUGACAGCUGGUAGCUCCGGUCUUACCAUUGAGGAGAAGCUGAAGGCGCUGGCGACGAUCGCUGCGGAUGAUUCCUUCAUUGAGGAUGACUCCGAUGAGGAACUCGAGAUUGACACGACUAAAAGUGCUUACCCGCAUCUGCGCUUCACUGCGAUUCUGCUGUUUCCGGUUAUCCCUUCUCGCGAAGUUGCUUCGGUUAUCGUCACCGUGAGAAUGUUGAUGAAGCGCGUGCGGUCUAAACUGUUCACUGAUGAGGGCGUACCUGCGGUCAUCCCGCCGGAGUUGGUUAAGGAGAUCAUGGUGGCCCACCCGCUCAAGAUCCGGAAGCAGUCUGCCUUCGCCGAUGGCCACUACUUCCACCGCGUUCUUCACCCCGUCACUGGUGCUGACACCAGCAAGAUCAAGGGACUGUCGCUGACGUGCCGCUUGUCCCUCGCAGCUGCCUCUCUCCGCGCUUCCCCGCUGAUUACCCCGCUCUUGCUGGAUGCGGCUUUUGUGCUGAUCUCCACUGGGAGCAACAGGGAGGAAUGGCUGUGCACCCUUGGCAGCUGCGGGAAGGCACACGGCAAGUCCUUCAUGGCUGCGGCGGACCAUGUCACAUCGGCCAGUCAUCUGCUGGGUCUGGAGAAGCUGGGUGCGGCCACUCGCAGCUCCCUGGAGAAGCUCGGCCUUCAUGUCAUACGCAAGGAGUUCGGGAUCUGA